UCUUUGUCCCCUUUCUUCUUUUGUGAAUACUCAACAAAAAGCCGCUGCUGUAGGAAACCAUUUGUAGCCAUCUCUCUCCUUCUCCCUCUCUCUCGUCGAUGAACCUAAACCCCUAAAUCUCGAUGCAACCCUCCUCUCUCCACUCGCCCCAAUGCUACGAUCAAUACCCAUUUCUAAAACAGGUCAGUCCCAUCUCACAUAUCUCUCACUUUUCAUCAAACACCUUUCUUCAUCAUCUUCUUCAUUCUCCAAUUUCGCUGCUACUCUCCCCAAGAUUCAAUCUAUAAGUGCCCAACUCUUAUCUAUUCUCUCUACUCCCAACUGGGAGAAACACCCAUCUCUUAAAGCUUUACUUCCCUCCCUUUCUUCAUCUAACCUCACUUCUUUUUUUGAUGAAAACCCAUGUAUUAACCCUCAUGUUGCUGUAUCUUUCUUCCAUUUUGUUACUCAAAAACCCAACUUUAAGGCUAAUGUGAGGUUGUAUGCAUCUUUGUUGAGUAUUUUGAUGCAAAAUAAGCUUAUGGGUAUGGCUGAUAAGAUCUUUUUAAUGAUGAUUAAGUCAUGUGAGUUGAUAGAAGAUGUGAAGUUUGUUGCGGGGUUGUUGAGGGGUAAGAAUUUUGAGCUUAGUGUGAGAUGUUAUAAUACUUUAUUGAUGACAUUAUGCAGGUUUCUUUUGGUAGAUGAUAUGAAAUGUGUGUACUUAGGAAUGUUAGGGGAUAAAGUUUUGCCGAAUAUUUACACGUAUAAUACUAUGGUUAAUGGUUACUGCAAAUCGGGGAAUGUGGGUGAGGCUAAAUUGUAUGUGAGUAAAAUUUUACAAGCCGGGUUGAAGCCGGAUACUCAUACUUACACGUCUUUAAUUUUAGGUUAUUGUAGGAACAAGGAUGUUGAUAAUGCAUUUAAGGUGUUUAUGGCUAUGCCACGGAAGGGUUGUCGAAGAAAUGAGGUCUCGUAUACUAAUUUGAUUCAUGGGUUUUGUGAAGUAGGGAAAAUUGAUAAAGCCCUUGAGAUUUUCUCACAUAUGGAGAAUGAUAAUUGCUCCCCAACUGUCAGAACUUUUACAGUUUUGAUUUCGGCUUUAUGUGCAUUAGGUAGGAUGUCUGCAUCAUUGAAUUUGUUUAAAAAAAUGGUAGCAAGAGGUUGCCAGCCAAAUGCGCACACAUAUACUGCGCUCAUUGAUGGCUUUUGUAAAGAUAAGAAACUUGAUGAAGCUAGGGGAAUGCUUAACGAGAUUGCUAAAAAAGGGUUGGCUGGAAGUGUGGUGGCAUACAAUGCUUUAAUUAAUGGGUAUUGUACAGAAGGAAUGACUGAUGUUGCAAUGAAUAUAUUCAACAUGAUGGAGUUGAACAACUGUAGGCCAAAUGUUCGAACAUAUAAUGAGUUGAUUCGAGGCUUCUGUAAAGUCAAGCGAAUUCACAAGGCAAUGACACUGCUUGAUGAGAUGAAAGAGCAAAAAUUGUCGCCCAGCCUUAUCACAUAUAACUUAUUAAUUCAUGGACAAUGUGUGGAGGGUCAUUUUGAUAACGCAGUAAGGCUGGUUAAUUUAGUGGAGCAGGAUAAUUUGGUCCCUGACUCUUGGACUUACAGUCCUAUUAUUGAUUCCCUGUGUAAAAUUGGAAGGGUUGAAGAAGCUCAUGAGCUAUUUGAUUCACUCCACGUGAAGGGUAUAAAACCUAAUGAAGUUACUUAUACCACAUUGGUUGAUGGUUACUGCAAGGCAGAGAAGAUCGAUUGUGCCUUAUCUUUGUUUGGGAAAAUGCUUUUAGAAGGUUGCUUUCCUAACUCGUGCACUUACAGUGUGCUAAUUGAAGGAUUAUGCAAAAAUGGCAAGUUGCACGAAGCAGCAAAAUUGCUAGAGAAGAUGGUAGAUAGAGGUGUAAAACCGACGAUUAUAACUUAUUCUGUGAUUCUUGAACAAUUACUUAAGGAGUGUGCAUUUGAUGAAGCUGAGAAAACUUUUAAUCAAAUGGCUUCCUUAGGUUAUAAGCCAGAUGUUUGUAUAUAUACUUCAUUUCUUGUUGCAUAUGUCAACCAAGGGAAGCUAAAAGAAGCUGACAAUUUAAUGACUAAAAUGAACAAGGAAGGUGUUUGUCCAGAUUUCAAGACAUACACAGUAUUAAUUGAUGGGUAUGGACGGUUAGGAUUGUUACACCGUGCGUUUGGUUUCUUAAAAGAUAUGAUUGAUGCUGGAUGUGAACCUUCAAAUUAUACUUAUUCAGUAAUAGUAAAGCAUUUGUUGAUUGAAAAACAGAAGAAACAGAACAGCGGUCGAGCAGGAUUUGAUUUAAAUCAGAAUGUCACUUUAACUAAUAUUGCUGACAUUUGGAAACUGAUUGAAUUUGAUAUUGCUCUUGAUCUUCUGGAGAAGAUGGCUGAGUUUGGUUGCCAACCCAAUGUUAAAACUUACAAGGCACUUACAUCUGGAUUCUGUAGAGAAGGACGCUUUGAAGAAGCUUGGAUGUUGGUUGAUAUUAUGAAAAAGAAGGAGCUCAUUCCUGAUGAAGAUAUGUAUAACUCUUUACUAAGAUGUUGCUGCAACUUAAGAAUGUAUGAGGACGCAGUGAGGCUGCUUGAUGCUAUGUUCCAAUGCGGGUAUUUACCACAUUUAGAUUCUUGCAAAUCCAUUGUUUGCGGAUUAUGUGAUGAUAGAAGAGGUAAGAAAGCUAAGACAGUUUUUUGCAGUCUUCUUAAUUAUGGGUAUAAUCAUGACGAACUAGCAUGGAAACUUCUUAUUGAUGGUUUGCUUAAGUCGGGCUUUGUCGACAUGUGCUCAGAUUUAGUGAGCAUCAUGGAGGAAAAUGGUUGCCUGCUUAAUCCUCAGACAUAUUCAAUGUUGAUCAAUAGACUUCCUUCGAAAAAAUGAUGACAACUAAAUCAUUGUCAUGGUCAAGAUUGUCAGAAUGUCAUGAGCAACGGUCCCCUCUAACUCUGUGAUCAAUCUGGAUGGAAGGUUUAGAAUUCCACACGGUCAAAUCCUCAAGUUGCCCCCAUCAUUAAGGCAUGCUGCACCAAAUUUGAUUGCCGCCGGAGACCAAUCAGGAUGAAAUGAUUUUACGUAGGCAGCUGCACCACCUACGUGCGGGCAAGCCAUGGAAGUUCCCGACAUGAGGGUAAAUUUCGAGUGCUGAUUGUCACCUUUUAAUCCUGUAAGGGACUUAAGUGGCGUGUAUGCUGCCAAAAUAUCAAGCCCUGGUGCAGCGAUAUCAGGCUGAUCCAGAAAUCAAUAGGCCGGACAAGAUCAAUAAGGUAACAGAUAAAGAUGCAUGCCGAGAGUGUAUACAUACAAAUCAAAACAUCAUUAUAGUAUUAUAAUUCUCUACCCUUAUAUAACUCUGUUACAUAUACCUUUAGAAGAUGUUUUGCUCCAUGAUUCGGACCCCUAGACGAAAACGAAGCAAUAAAUGGAGCAGGGAUUGUAGUUUCCUCAGACCUGUAUAUUACUCCAGUUGGAGUCCUGCAAAUUUUGUAGAACAAAAUUAUUUUCAACAUAAAUCAAGGUUAUAAGAUGCAUCUUUAUAUA